UCACACUCCAAUCAGUCUGCACUCGCAUGUCCACGAGGUUGCUCGCACGGUCUUGCCGCCUUCCUCACGUACUCACCCCUUUCUCUCUUCUACCUGGCUCACCACGUUUAGUGCAUUACCAGAGACCCGUGCACGGGGUGAACUGAGCCACUGGUUGACGUGCUCGUUGGCUAUUGUCAGUCGUCGAGAGGUUAGGUCAAAGUGAUCCGUCGUGGCGGGAUUACACGGCUCGUUUGAAUUUGAAUUCUGACGGCACCGUAUCCUCCCGUUAAUUAUUAACCGAAUGCCUCUCAACGCGUAUUAACGCGAUCAACGCACUUCCGACGAACCGUUUCAACGACUGUCAAACAAAUUUAUCGCCCGACGAGAACCGUACGCGCCAACGUCGAACCGCGUGACAACCGCCGCGUUGAGGUUAGGUUGUUCCUCGUCUACGAACGCGCCUUUUUCGAACGGAUCCCUCGCGACGUUUACUCGCCGCGGAUCAAUUUAUGCGGAUAUUUGUGCGAAUAUCGGUUGGUGAUUACAACCCGUAUCUCAAGUGACGAACAAAAGGACAAUGAGAAUCGUGGAAAUUGAGUGAAUGUUUUCGAACGGCCGUCUUUCGUGCAGUGACUUUUUUGGUGUGCAACAAAAUAUGGAUAAUUCUGCGUAUGUGCCGAAUCAUCUACCGCCGCCAUCCCUGGUCGUAUUUUCACAGGCCGGGGGGCUGCCGGAGGCUCUGAGAAUGCAAAGACCCUUCAAUCCACAAGUGACAGAUUCGAAGGACCUCCAGGUGCCAUUCAGCACAGCGGCGUCCCUGGGUUACGGUUUACAUCAUAUGCUCCACCUGCCGCCACAAUUUCUGCACCCUUUGGAUCAUCGCUUACCGUUCGGAGGGUUCAGGCCAUUGGGGCCAUCGGCCUUCGCACCUCCCAGCAAGUGUUUGAAGGUGGAAACGGGAAACGGACCGGUAUCUGGGUCCGGAUUGCCAAGCAUAAGCUCCCUUUCCAGCAUGUCGAACAUGUUUUCGCCCUCGUCGUUGUCCUCUGCAAGUGGAGGAGGCGUCGUGUCCGUUUCUGGAGCGUCUGCCAGUAUCGGUGGCGUCGGAGGAGGUGGGGGAAACGCUGCCACGGGGCAAGAAGUUGCACCUCAGAGCCCGGCUGGCUCCACCAGCCGAUCGCCCACGGGCACGGGAACCGGAACCGGGACCGGAUCGCUUCCCAAUCGUGGCGCCACUCCCGAAGACGAGGAUCGUGACACGAACGCUACACCAGGAUCCGAGAAUACCGAGCGAUCUACGCCUGAAGAGGGACGACCAUAUCGACUGGGGCCUGUGUUCGGGGGCCGAUGCGGCGCGGAGGCGCUCGGGCUGGGGUUAGGGUUGUCGCUGGGCCCAGCCUACAGGUUCGCUCUGCCCCCGGGACUCGCUGCCAAGACCACCCGCUGCCUUGUAUUCGACCAAGGUAAAAAAAAGUUUCCUUCGGACCCAUCUUGCUGUCCAGCAUGUGGAGUCACCGUAAGGCCACAGGAAUUGGAGCAACAUUUCGCUCAAGAACUCGAUCGACUUUACAAAAUAUCCUCGGCAUCUUCGCGAGCACGAGCAUCCCGAUCGAGUUUGCCUCCAGGACAUCCCCAGGAUCAUCCCCAUGGACCUAUGCUGCACGCUCCAUCGGCAGCUGAUGGUACGCCUCAUGGACGAUGGGAGACUUACAAAAGGAUUAAAGCUAAUCGACAGGCUAGAAUUCGUGUAAAGAAUCGAAAAAGAAAAGCGGACGAGCCUUCUUGUCCGGUUUGUAGCGAGAGAUUAUCUGGUACCCCAGAGGAGUUGAAUCAGCACGUCGAAAGGUGUCUGAAGAAACAUAAUAAUGGCAAUCCUGCGAACCAAAACAAUUUGGACGAAGAAGAAGUGGAUGUGGAAGGCGACGCUGAAACUUUUGAGGAAUAUGAGUGGGCUGGACAAAGAAGAGUACGAGCAACCUCAAUGCUUGUUGGCGGAUUUUCUGCCGUAGGUUUGGCAACCUCGAGCAAUCGUUCUUCCGCUGGCGGAAAUGGCGGAUCGAAUCAACAGGAGGACGAGGACGUGGAUCUGGUGGUUGAUGGUGACGACGUUGCCGAAUUUGGACCGGCACAAUAUUCCGAGGCCGACGUGAUCACGCCCCGUAUGGAGGGCACGCCGAGAGAGCAAAAAGAAAGAGACGCUCUUCGAGAAGCCGUCAUUUCCCCGAAUGCGCCAAAUACACCACAUACGCCACAUACGCCACACGCGUCACAUACACCCGAUCAAAUCGGGCAAAGUUUAGUCGAGGUGAAGCCUGAACCGGGAACCACCACUUCCCUGGGUCAGAACGAGCAGGAAGAAGUCUCAUCUUCGCCCAAAAGGGACGGUGACACGCCGGUGAUCGAAGCCCUCAAGGGGCGAAUUCGGGAACUGGAGGCUGAAAUGCGCAGCCAACCAUUCAAGUGUCUUAUCUGCAUGGAGCAAUAUAAAAAGCCGGUGACUUCUGUCUGCUGCUGGCAUGUACAUUGUGAGCAGUGCUGGUUACACACACUGUUGACGGUACAACAAGAAACAUUUCGAAAAAUUGUUGUUGUGCCAUUUCAGGGUGCGAAAAAGCUGUGCCCACAGUGCAACAUGAUAACGUCACCUUCAGACUUGCGACGUAUCUACAUGUGAAUGGAAUCGUGUGCCAAACAAGAGGUCAUCGAUUGCUCGGAAUAACCGGUGAAGAAAUCGGUAUUUGUAAAAUCCUUCUAGGUGUUCGAGCCGUGUAAAUAUCUGUACAUACUUGUGCGUCCCGCUAAACUGAACAAAAAACUAAACUCCUUUAGAUUCACCAUGUACCGUUACGCACUGUAGCGUUAGUAGAUUAAACCGUGAAAGGUGCGCGUGAAUUCGUAUCCCGAUCGAACGGAUCACCUAAAUAAAUUAGACUAUGUUAAUGGAAAUAAUUUGAGCUGUGGAUAAACUUAUGAAAAAUACUCAUACCUGAUAACCUUGACCUUAACAUAUGUUGUCAGUAUGGUUCUGUGACCUUCGCAAAGAUUUAAACCUCCGAUCACUGGUUAUUAAAAAAUUAUUAAUCAAAGAAGAUUGAGAAACGUACCGUAAUUUUCCAGGAAUCUAAGUCGUAGGAAGUGUGGUUAUGUUUGUUAUUUAUUUUAAUAUUCAAAUUUAUGUAUAGGUUGAGAAGUUUCAAAAAUGUAACCUAACUUUUUCUAUACGUCAGAUAUCAACUGCAGUAGUUCAAACUAGAUUAUAUCAUCCGGACAUUGCAGGUUAAUUUCGUUAACGUUAGUUUGUAUUGGGUUUUCUAAAAAAAGGAAAUCGAUUAGUUCAAUUUCUUAUACUACUUUAUGAACACAAAUUCGGUUUGUUUGUAUCAUAACUUUAUUAGACGAAACUUAUUUGUUUUAAGCAAAUAAAACUUUAAGAUUGAUAGAAGGGAAGUGGUAGAAAUUCGAUGGUACUAAAUCGGUUAGUAUCGGAAGCAUUCGCCUCGAGUCGGCUGAAUGGCGUGGUGGACGACAGAAGUAUUAGUACGGAUCGUAAACAUUCUUUUUAACCGUAUUAAAAGCAAAUUGAAGAGAAUAUUCUUCUAAAAGUGAAUCAAUUGAGUGAAAUCGUUAAUUUUUGCAUAGUGGUUAUGCAUAUCGUAAGAAAAACGGAAAUUAAGAACAGUUGAAGAAAGAAAAUGUAAGAUUAUUUCAUACGUACGCAUAAAUAGAAUUAGUGUACAAAGUUUUUAAUAUAUAUUCUUUUCUUGAAAAUAGAAGUUUUUCAAAUCUUCUGUCUUCAUUUUUAUUUAAUCUACUCAGGUAUACAUUGUAUGUAUCAUUUUCAUAAUAACCUCUAUUGUCCUUUUCGAUUGUAUUUUGACAUUUCGAUCAUAUGCGUCUAUGAUUUAGGCGGUAAAACGUAUCACGUGACUAUCCGAAUAGGACCGACAAGAAACGAAGUUAGUCGAUUCACUGUUUUCGUACUUCGUACGGAAAGAUUUAGAUUUAUAAGAAAAUUUCGGCACAGUUUUCAUUCCUUUUCUGUUAAUAAUCUUUUUAAAUAUAAUCGGUAGUUUAAUUCUCUUGAACGGUACUCAGAAAUGUGACUUCGACAACAUAUAUUAAGAUCAUUAUAUGUAGACCUUUUCA